AUGGGCAUUCGUCUACCAUUUGUUGUUCUUCAAGCAAAACAGAUAUUCAAGUCCACCUCGACGCCACAGUUCCAUAGCGGUUCGAAACACUCCAACAAUGUUCCGAAGGGGCACAUAGCAGUCUACGUCGGAGAGCUGCAAAAGAAACGGUUUGUGGUUCCGAUAUCAUACUUGAACCAUCCCACUUUUCUUGACUUGCUUAACAGAGUUGAAGAAGAGUUUGGAUAUAAUCAUCCUAUGGGUGGUCUCACGAUUCCUUGCAAAGAAGAUGCUUUCAUCAAUAUUACCUCACAACUACGUUCCUUGUGA